AUGUGGGCACUUUCACCCUUUGCCUCCUUGUAUGAAUCCAUACAGAAAGCUGAUUUCCGUACCGAUUUGUUCAAUGAGUUUGUAUCUGAUUUGAAGACGUUGAAUUUGACUGAUAAUGCUAAGAAAAAUGCUGCUAAGAGACGCGAAUUGGAAUCCGGAGAAAUUAAGCUAUCCGAUGGAUCAGUGUACAAAUUGAAUCAGGAGUUCAUAAUAGAAGUAAUCAAGAUUUCCGAUGAGCUAGAUCUUGAUGAAAUUGUCUGUGCGGAACAAAUAUUAACUGCAGAGGACUCGUCCCAAGCUGUGGACCAGGACAUAUCUUUGCAUAACAAGGGUCUACUGAUAUACUAUCUCAGAAGACAAUAUAUUUUACAAGUGGUGGCAUACGUUUUGAAUGCACUAUCCUCUUCAGAUGAUGUUUUUCAAACACUUACCAGUGAUGGGACUCUUUUAAACAAUGUUUUGCAAGCAUUCAACACAAUCCAUAAAGAACUAGAGGAUGUGAAGGCACUUGUAAAUAAGGCACAAAUCCUUGAUAAUUAUGAUGUGGUUUCGAAACAGAAUAUUACGUUCAGAAGGGAUUUCUUGAUCAAAGAAUAUGACACGUUAGGUACUGUUCUUUUCGGUUUGUCCAAAAAUAAUCUACUCUCUAAUGCAACGGUAAUACAAAAGGUUAUUGACCAUGUUACAUCGCUAGCCUCUGAUGAUUUUUUUAUCAUAUUUUACCUACCUGCUAUAAUAAAUACUUUCAAAAAUUUGGCAUCCUUCUCCUCCAGGGAUGUUGAAAGUUUGCACGCCCAAUUCCUCAGAGAUUUAGAAUCCGAAUCAAUAUACACUAAACCCACCAAGGUUGUUCUCAUCUUCAUCUUCUUAACGUUCUUUAUAGGCUGGUGCAAAGCUGAACCAACUACAAGAGCAAAGCAAUUCGACUUCGCUGUUGCUGUAGACCUUCCAAUGACUUCUGCAGUCGAAUUGGGGGCAAUCGAACAGUUGAUGGUAUACGCAGCAGAAACUUCGAUGGUAGAAGCAGAUAAAAGCAUGGAGUUAUUCUUUGACAUACGGUCCUUGCUAGAGAAGCAUAUUCCAAGAAUGUCACCAAAACUCUUGUUAGAUCCAGAGUACUCAACCGCAGUAAGCACCAAAACUUAUGUUGAUGACCCUUCUACCAAAUACUCAAAUUUAUCAAUUUUCGACUAUGGACUCGAUAGCUUUCUAUCCACUUUGCAUGACUUCUUUCAAGCUUUUAUUACAGACUGUGCAUUCCUCUUGACAAAGAUAAAAAAUGCUGAGGAAGAUUCUUUAUUAUCCGGUGAGGAUCUCUAUUUGGAUGACAUCUCAGCGAAGGCGGACCUAGAACGAUUUUUCAUUACCAUAUACUUCUUUUAUGCAUCUAGACCGGAAUAUUCAAGCUCUUUCUGGGAUGACAAAGAGUCUAAUCUCUAUGGUUUCAUAGAAUGGGCUGCAAAAUGUAACGAUACUUUGAUGAAAGCAUGCUUUUACUUGAUGAUUUCCAGUUUGUCAUAUGGAUCUCAAAAUUCUCAUAAUGUUUAUCAUUAUGUGGAGAGUAAUCAGCAUAGUUCCUGGAAAUAUAUUGCACAUAAUAUAAACGAAACAACCGAAAAAAUUACACAACUUGAACAGAAGUUACAAGAUCUCCAGCAAAACGGCGCAGCAACAAGUGAGAUCAAUGCGGUGGCAAUUGAAAGUGGGUUAAGUGAAGAAACAAUUAUCCUGUUGUCUUCGUACUUUACCUUGGUUGAAUCUAUUGCAUAUAAUGUUGAUGAACAAAUAAAAUCGCAAUUAGCUAACACAUUCGAAGACAUCCUCUUCAGUUUCCUCAAAGUAAGAAGUCCUUUACUAGGUGCAGCGCUAAAAGUAUUAAGUCAUUUGAUCCCUAAGGAAGAAACUCAAAGGUACGGUUACUGGACCAAACUAGACCGACUCAUUUUCAAAUCAUACCCGUUAGAUUCAACAGAUAGUUCCUAUAUUGCAGCCUUCAACUCAAUUUUCACUGGCUACUCCGAAGUCUUAGGAUUUUUGCAAUUGUUCUCCAGAUUGGUGUCUGUGGGAACAACUAAUCAUAGUAAUGAGUAUAUGAAGUUUGGUAAACUAAGUUUUCCUGUGAAUAUUGGAUAUGGAUAUAGAAAGACAGGUGUAUGGCCUUAUUAUGAGUAUAUUUUGGGUAAUAUUUUCUUGAAUGAUGAAAAGGCAGCUACCAAAGACCAGCAAACAGUCAAGAACGUUUUGGUUUUAGAUAUUAUCAAAUCUUCGCUUUUAUCAUUUGACUACAGCGUUAUUUUGAACUCCGUUUCCGUCGGUUGUAAUUUGGACUCGUUUGUACAGACUUCCGACUUCUAUUCCUUUGUCCAACAAUCCAAUGCUACUGCCACAAUGAACUACUUGUACAACGAAAAAGUGUUUUCAAAGAUCUUCAAAAUAGCCUCUAUAGGAAUAGAUGAGCUGGAGAGUGAACUUGGGCGUAUUUUGAAGCCGAAGUCGUUGAUGGUCAGGGAUUCACUAUAUAUCAUUGAUAUUAUGCUAACACACGAAGGAACAUAUGCCGAGGAAUUUUAUCCUAUAGUGAAACGCUGCUCUGAUAACUCGGUGUUUCUACCCAAAAGUAUCAGCAUAAGAGGAUUGCGUUUCUUCUAUGACGCUAUCUUCUUCAAUCUUCCAUUGACAGCUCACUUCGGUCUUUAUGUUGGUAGCACUAAUUUUGACAUUUCUUUGAGCAGUAUUAGCAUUUUAAAGAAGUUAGCGACUAAAUUGGACUCGGGAAAUCCUAGAGGUCUCCACAAAAGUAUAUUAUUGACGGUAUUCGAUUCUGUUGAUGAUUCUGCAAGAAUAAAACAAAGCUUCAUUGAUCAACUAAUGUCGCCUAUUACCGAUGAAUGCUCAUUGAAAUUAAAGGUGAAUAUUCUAGAUUUCAUUAGCAAAAACUUGUCUUACACAGAUCACAACACCACCAUAUCACAUUUUCUUUUAGGGUAUCAAGUGUCGAAUACUAUUUCAUUGGGGCCAGAAUUAGAUACAUUCAUAAAUUCUAAGACUUCGUUACUUCAAACAAUCGUAAACCUUAUGAUCGAGUCACUAUCAUGUAUUAACAGUCUUAAUGUUGAAUAUGCUCCAAUGAGGUUAUGUGCAGAAUUUAUGGAAAUAAUUACAAAGCUUUGCCGUAAUCCUUUGACAUGCAAAAUAACUUUGGAUUAUCUGUCAACUCUGGAUUUAGAUAAGGUUCUUCUAAGCAUGGACCCAAAGGUGUCUGUGUUGUCUCAUUGGAAUGGAGAGCCUUUCAACGGAGAUUUUGACAAGUACACCUCGAAAUUUUUAAACUCGCCAGCUAUCGGAUCUCUUCUUUAUUUUUUGAAAUAUAGAAGUCUUCUAAUGCAAUUUCUAAGUUUGAGUGUCCAUACUUUCUCCUAUGCGGCCAAUAAUUCAAAAUGUGAUGACCUCAUGAAAGCUCUUGUUUCUAACGCUAUACAUUCAGCGACAAUCUUUUCCUUUUUGGAUACGUUAAACUUGAAAUCUCAAGCUCCUUCCACUGAUCCCUUUAAAGACAUUACUAUUUUGGAAGGCUUGGAUCUCAGCCUGGACAAAGUUGAAAAGAAUUCAUCGAUAAAUGGAUCUCUUUAUGAUUUUUCGAACCUGGAUUCCCUGAUUGAGCUUAAGAAACGGUCUGAAACUUACCUCUCGAUUACAUCAGGUCAUCCAAUAGAUGCCCAACAGCUGGAAGUCGGCUCUGAGAAAGAGAUCGAAAUAAUUAAGAAAACAUCCACCGCCUUCCUUGCCUAUCAGGAAUUAGCAACAUUUCAACUUUCUGGUCUUCAUUCAUGGGUUCAAUUGGUGCAGAUAAUUGUUGUUGACAGUAAACUUUCUCCAAUUCAAAGAUCCAAUUUUAUAUUGGAAGUAUUUGAAUUCAUUAUUCCUAAAGUAAACGAAUAUGUCGAAUCUCGCCUUCCAUAUUCUGAGGAACUAGUUUCCCUUGCUGUCUUCCUUUAUGAAUUAUACCAUGAGGAUAGAGUUGCCAUCGAUAAUGAAAAAACCCUAGACAGUAGGUUGCAUACGCUUUUCAAGACAUGCAUAAACUGUAUAUCGACACCAUCGGCGACUCUAAGAUCUGAUUUUUAUGUGCUUGGUACAAAGUAUUUGAACUGUGUCCUAAAGGAUGAAAUCCUUUCAAAGGAGGUCCUUCAAUGGCUGAAGUUUUCCAAUGAAUCAUUAGUAGAGACUGUUUGCAAUGAUGCUAUUAUGGGGCAAGGUGCUAAUAGAGUAACAGGAAUAUUGUUUUUGGAUGCUUUAAACCAAUUAGCAAGUUUGAACAAAGUAAAUUUUGUUUUGGAAUCACUUGUCAAAAGUAAUAUGUUAUUAUUGAUUAUAAGAUCUAUCAAAAACACAGAUGAGGUAUUAGAGACUCAAAAUGAGAAGGUGACCUCUUACACAUUAUUGUAUGAACUCACAAUUUUCAAAUGUGUGGUACACUUCCUGACAAAAUUGGCUCAAACAAAGGCUGGUUCUCAUGCUUUAGUUCAAAAGAAAUUGUUUGAAACUAUUACGUCGUGUAACUUCUUGAAAAUGGAUCCAGAUCUUGGACUAGAAUUGAUGUUUGAAUCUGUUGGUGCUGCAACCUCCGGAAAAAUCCGUGCGAAUCUAACUUUAGAUAACCCUCUCCAGAUUACAUCAUACGAAAAUGGUAUUUCGCUCUUUGAAAUCAUUAUACCCAUCUUCCAGUUGAUUGCGUCAGUGUUACUCAGCUCAGGAACAUCAAGCCAAUACGUUUUCCGUGAGGCAAGAAAAUUGAUAUCUCAUUUCAAGCAAUUGGUACAAGGCGCAUUAAAGAGAGAUGCAUUACUUGAAAAGAAUGGAGUUGAAACCAAACCAGAAGGACUUGAAGAAUUUGUUCAACUCAUCAUUUUGGUUUGUACACUGACAAAUUAUUCUGGAGCGCAAUAA